AUGGGUUUAUUUGGCGCGUUAGCAGGAGUUGCAUCCAGAUUUUUGCCCGCAGUGGGAACAAUAGCCAGAGGUGCAUUUGGAAUUGGAAGGAAGAUUUUGAGUACAUUAGGUAUACUUAAAGAGAAAGCACAACCUAUUAUACAAACUGUACAGAAAGGUUGGGAGGUAGCACGAGAUGCAACAAAUCUUAUUCCAAAUCCUGAAACAAGAGGAAAAGUUCAAGGAUGGAUGGACAAUGUAGGAAGACAAGCAGGAAACUAUUAUAACAAAGCAAAUGACUACUAUAACCAAGCAGGACACUAUAUGGACUAA